UCCCCCCAUCCUGCGGGGGCCGUCGAGAGCGGGGGGCCAGGCUUGCUCUCACUCUCUCUCCCCCCUCCCCUCCGUCUCGCUCCCCUCUCUCUCCUAGUUAGAUCCUCAGAACAUCACGGCAGCUUCAGCAGAUCAAACUCCUUCUUCUCGUCUCCUCAGCACGGACAUGACAGCGAGGAGCUCCUGAGUCCAGGUCCUCACUGCAGCAGUCGUGGCUCGGGUAGAACUUCAGCUUGUUUCUCAGACAUCAUGGGUCACAAAAAGAAGUCCACAGCUCUAGUGAUUCUCACUGUGUUCCUAGUAUUCCUUCAAACGUUCUGCACGGCUCAGAAGGAUAUGAGAUUGAGCUGUCGAACGGCUCCCAGUGAUUUGGUUUUCAUCUUAGACGGCUCUUGGAGUGUAGCAGACACUAACUUUGAAAUAGUCAAAAGAUGGCUGGUGAACAUCACCACCAGCUUCAACAUCGGCCAGAAGUUCACCCAGGUUGGUGUUAUCCAGUAUAGUGACAACCCCCACCUGCACAUUCCCCUGGGGAGCCACUCCUCCAGUGAGGAGCUCAUCAGGGCAAUGGAGUCCAUCGAGUACAUGGGUGGAAACACCAGGACGGGUGAAGCUAUUCAGUUCACCAGCGAGAGAGUCUUUGACAUGUCAGAACGUGGCCCAAACGGCGUAGCCAAGAUAGCCAUUGUGCUGACGGACGGGAAGUCGCAGGAUGACGUGGCCGUGGCAGCGGAGGCUGCCAGGAAGAAGGGAAUCAUCUUGUUCGCCAUCGGAGUGGGGCAGGAAACUGAGGAGGCUGAGCUGAGGGCCAUCGCGAACAAGCCGCCUUCCACGUACGUGUUCUACGUGGAGGACUAUGUCGCGAUCACCAAGAUCCGCGAGGUCAUCCGCCAGAAGCUGUGUGAAGAAACUGUCUGCCCAUCGAGGAUCACGGUGGAAACUCGCGAUGAGAAGGGUUUUGACAUGCUGCUACACCUGGACUUUGCCAAAAAGGCGAAAAAGACGCAGGGAUCUUUUUAUGGCACAAAAGCUUAUCAGGUGACUCCAAGAGUUGAUUUAAGUGAAAGUACAAGGAUGCUCUUUCCUGAUGGGUUACCCCCUUCCUACGUCUUCGUGGCCACACUGAAGUACAAGGGGUCGGUGGUCAUGGAGAUGUGGGAUUUGUGGAGAGUACAGACCCAGGAGGAGAAGCCUCAGAUGGCGGUCACCCUGAAUGGAAUCAACCGUACGGUCAUGUUCACCACAACCAGCUUUGCACCGAGUGGCACCCAGACCGUGAUCUUCUCAAAAGCGCCGGCCAGGAAACUGUUUGAUGAAAUGUGGCAUCAGCUCCGCCUGCUUGUCACGGAGCAGGACGUCACGCUCUACGUGGAUGACAUGGAGAUCGAGACGCUGCCUCUUCAACCCCCAGAUGGCAUCUUCAUUAACGGGAAGACACAAGUCGGGAAGUAUGUGAGCAAAGAAACGACCGUGCCGUUUGAGAUUCAGAAGCUGAGGAUAUACUGUGACCCGGAGCAGAACAACAGGGAAACCGCCUGCGAGAUCCCCGGAGUGGAUGGAGAGUGUUCCAACGGCCCCCGGGACAUCGACCCCACCCCGGAACCAUGUACCUGCCCCCCCGGCCCACCCGGGACUCCAGGCCCAAAGGGUGAAGAGGGACGGCAUGGAGGCCCGGGCCGAGCUGGACCUGCUGGUGCUGAGGGUAAGCCUGGUGUUCCCGGUGUGAGAGGAAAUCCAGGCCUUCUGGGCUCACCUGGCAUGCAGGGUCCGCGUGGUACCAAUGGAUACAAGGGUGAAAAGGGAGAGCCUGGCGAUCGGGGUGAGCGAGGUUCUUCAGGUUUUCCUGGGUUACCGGGACUACAAGGUGAAAAGGGUUCAAGUGGGUCACCAGGAUUACAGGGGUUACCUGGCCGGGAUGGCAAGGUGGGAGAGAAGGGGAGCAUAGGACCUGUGGGACUGCUUGGACUUCCAGGGACUCCUGGACGUCCUGGCCUUGAUGGGAAAGAUGGGGAGCCAGGCAGUGACGGCCAGAAGGGAGGAGCUGGAAAGCCUGGCCUCCCUGGCACUGACGGACGAGAGGGACACCCAGUAAGUCUGAUUUUUGUUUGUUUUCGUGGUCCCAGAGCUUUGCAUGAGGAGGUGGGAGUCACUUAGAUGAGUCUUCUGCCA